ACUUCCAACUUAAUAAAAUUUUUCACUAAAUUCUUUCAACUGAAUUCCGAACACGUUUUCAGUAUUUUUUCUGAAGUACCUAUUUCGCUAUCGGAUGUUGGUAAUUUAGUACGUAAAUCAAUUCCCGAAAUUAAUUAGAUAAACAUUUCUUAUUUUUAUACCACGAAGGAAGGUGCCCGAGUGCAUAAUGUUUCCACCGACGCGCAUUCGGAGUUGCCUUCCAGUCAUAAACCCGAUGUUCAGACGUUUAAAACCACAUAAACCAUUUAGACAAAUAUCGACCAUUCAUAAUCAAACAAAGAGCGUUAAUACAACGAGUACGAAAUUUCAGAAGACGAAAUGGAUGAAUUUCCGUGCGAUUUUUACAAAAUGGGUGCCUCUGGGAAGUGUAAUUUACGUUGGAUGGUGCUAUAUACGUGCAAGUGUAAAUUACGAGGUGUCAAAAGUAGAAAUAAAAUUCUACGAAAUGUUUCCUUUUAGAAUAACAAGUCGGUUAUGGGGACGUUUGGCGGCCUGCGAGCUUCCCGUAUCAAUACGAAGUCUCGUUUACGGUACGUAUGUUAAACUCUUCAAUGUUAAUUUAAACGACGCAGCUGUGAAAGAUCUAACAUAUUAUAAGAGCUUAUCUGAAUUUUUCACUCGUCCUUUGCGACCAGGGGCCCGAUACAUAGCCCCGGCGCUUUGUGUGUCGCCUUGCGACGGUGUCGUUCUAAACUGUGGUCCAGCAGAUACCGAUAAAAUAGAGCAAGUGAAAGGAGUAACCUAUAGUCUUGAAGAGUUCUUAGGAGAAAACAAAUGGUCCACUAACGAAAAUAAUUAUUAUAAUUCCUUAUUGAAAAAUAAAAAGAAUAUAUUGCACCAGUGCAUAAUUUAUUUAGCCCCCGGUGACUACCACAGAUUCCACUCCCCAUGCGAUUGGACCUCAAACUUUAGACGACAUUUCUCCGGCAAAUUGCUGUCUGUAAAUCCAUGGAUGGCUCGGCUGAUACCGGGUUUGUUCACUGUCAAUGAAAGAGCAGUUUACGUUGGAGAAUGGAAGCAUGGUUUCUUUAGUAUGACAGCAGUGGGAGCAACGAACGUUGGCUCUAUCGAAAUAUACAGUGAUCCAGAAUUAAGAACAAACACUAAAGGAAAGCGCAAUCGAAUUGAAGAGUUUAAAAAUACCGUUUCUUAUAAAAAGGGGGAAUUAUUCGGCCAGUUCAAUAUGGGCAGUACUAUUAUAUUGCUGUUCGAAGCCCCAGCCGACUUCAAAUUUGAGCUGAACGCUGGUGAACGAGUUCUUGUUGGACAGGCCUUAACUAUGACGUCGAAGGAGCAAGCUAGAUGACCGCUUUAUACAGAUCUCUUUCACAUAGCACAGGCUGCUAUUAUUUUUUAUGUAAUUUUGCUAACGCUCUAGCAGCCUUAUUGGUAAUUGUAUUAGUCGUAACUGAAAUGGAGAUUUUUAUAAGA